UGCUGGGCUUGCUGGGGUGGGUGUGGUUUGUGAUGUCACCAAAAGCUUUGUGUUGAACAAUCAACUAACUCAAUUACAGGAAGGAUUGUCUUGUGAUCUACCUUGUUACUGGAAUAAACACCCACUGCUCUCUCUAGCUCUGCAGGCAAAUAUAAUCAUAACCAUGUCUGGACCCUGUGCCCAUUCCUGCCCAUGGAACUAAGGUUUGUGUGAUCAAGAUAGGGACUGACGUCUCCUUACUCUGGACCCUUCAUCAUGGAAUCAAAAGAUGCUAUUGAAGAACUGGACAAUGGCAAUUCCCAACCACUGUGUACCGUAUGCGGUCAACUGCAUUCAGAAGAAGAAAACCAUACUUAUGAAUACACUGAUGAAGUGGAUGACGAUUUGAUGUGCAAUAUCUGCUUGUAUGCACUCAUACAACCAUUGGACACUCCGUGUGGCCAUACCUACUGUACGCUCUGCCUCACUAACUUUCUAGUCCAUGAAGACUUCUGCCCUGUGGAUCGUAAGCAUAUCAUGUUGCAGACUUGCAAGAAGUCCACCAUACUUGUAAAAAACCUUUUAGAUAAACUUCUGGUCAUCUGCCCGUUAAAGGAAUACUGUACAGAUGUUGUCCAACGGUGUGACCUGGAGGAACACUUGCAGAACAGGUGUAAAGGAGCAUCACAUUAUGGCCUUACCAAAGAGCGUAAAAGACGAUCACAAGACAGUUCCCCAGACUGCAGCUCCUCUUUGGAUCUCACUGUUGCAGCCGUCUCCCCUGAGCUUUCAGCUUCAGCAGCCAUAGCCUUAGCAACUGAAGAAACGGGUCAAGACAAUCCAGCAUUUAGUCCUGCCAAAGGAGAAAGCCACACAGCUUGCGAAUCUGAAGAAAACUGCAGGCUUAACAGGAACAGAAAUCGGAACUUUGAGCGUUCCACUGUCAGGAGUCUGUCUUUUAAGAAGCUAAAUCGAGCAUUUAGUGUCCUUCGGAGAACAAAAAGUGGGAGCGCUGUGGUGCAUGCUGCCGACAGAGAGAGAGCAAACCUGCAAAAUGCCAACGUCGUAGAAGACUCUAUUGGUCUUCAAAGACAAUAUCACCUGAUUCCAGAUGGAGAGAUUACCUGUAUUAAAAUCAAUCGGGCAGAUCCCAAUGAAAUUCUUGGGAUUAGGAUUGUUGGAGGCAAUGAGACGCCUUUGACUCAUAUAAUCAUACAGCACAUUUAUCAGGAUGGGGUUAUUUCUCGAGAUGGGAGACUUCUUCCAGGAGACAUGAUAUUAAAGGUAAAUGGCAUUGAUAUAAGCAGCGUGCCUCACACAUACGCACUGUCAAUUCUCAGACAGCCUUCCAAAGUGCUAAGGCUCACAGUUCUCAGAGAACAGAGGUACAAGUGUCGAUCCAAUGGAGUCCCAAUGGACCAGCACAGUCCACAAGAUGACAGCAUUCAUGUUGUAUUAAACAAGAGCAGCCACGAUGUGCAGCUGGGAAUGAAAUUGGUCAGAAGAAGAGAGGAACCUGGAAUAUACAUUUUUAACUUAUUGGAAGGAGGACUUGCUGCAAGAGAUGGUUAUUUGCAGGAAAAUGAUCGGGUUUUGUCAAUUAACGGUCAUGAUUUACGCAAUGGCACACCUGAAAUUGCAGCCCAGCUUAUACAGGCCAGUGAGGAGGGGGUUUACUUUAUUGUAUCAAGGCACAGCAGACAUCAGACCCCUGAUAUCUUGCAGGAGGCGGGGUGGCACAACAACAACGACAGCCCUGCAACAUGCACCAACGAGAGGAACCAUUUCAACAAGAAUGGCAGUCGUACUGUUUUGUGCCAUGAGAAAGUGGUGAGCAUAAUGAAGGACAACACGGAGUCCCUGGGAAUGACUGUGGCAGGAGGAGCAUCCAACUGGGAGUGGGACCUGCCUAUCUUUGUGACCAGUGUGGACACAGAUGGAGUGAUUGGGAGAGACGGCAGACUAAACACAGGUGACAUAUUGCUGAACGUCAAUGGCAUUAACCUAACAGGAGUCAGUCGCAAUGAGGCUGUGUCCUUGUUAAAGAGCUCUUCUUCCUCCUCCGUGGUUCUAAAAGCCCUGGAAAUAAAAGACUACGAGCCUGAAGAGGACAACAUCAACAAUGCCCUCUACAUGGACUACCACCACAAUGGCUCCGAACAGAACAGAGAAUGGUCACCGGUCUGGGUCAUGUGGUUAAAUCUGCCUCACUAUUUGUACAGCUGUAAAGAGGUCGUGCUGAGGAGGAAUACUGCUGGAAGCCUGGGAUUCAGCAUAGUGGGAGGUUCUGAUGACUGCAGCAGGAUCAAGCCUUUCUUUAUUAAAUCCAUACUAGAGGGGACACCAGCUUAUCACGAUGGAAGAAUCAGAUGUGGUGACAUCCUUCUUGAAGUAAAUGGAAGAUGCACGUCAGGGAUACCAUACAACUCCUUAGUGAGGAUGCUGAAAGAAAUAAAAGGAAGAGUUGUUCUCACCAUAGUGUCAUGGCCUGGAUCCUACUUGUAGGAAGUCAACAGGACACCAGAGAAACCUCCAUCCCUAGCAAAGGGUUUAGUUUACAGAAGUGAUGUUCCUGUACUACACAUUCCAGAUGAAACACCAGUUGCUUCUAAGAGUAUUUGCCGUCUCAACACUUGCAUCGUUCAUCUGUUUUGGGUAUAAAUGGACACUGACGUGUAACGUGUGCAUGUAAGGACUUUCACCCUUGGGACCCCACAGGUAAAACUGCUUGUCCACCUGCAUCACAACCCCUAGAAUUGCUUAGAUGCGCUUUAUAUGUUAAUUUGUCGUCCGCUCGUCUUCCAAGUGUCGGCGAGUAAAUAUCACACGCUAGUAAUGCUGGUUGUGUCAAAAUUGCAGCUCUGUAAACGUAAUAGCUUUCAAUUAGCCACCGUGUAUGUUGGUCAGCUGACUGUAACAUUUGUGAUGCGUUUAACGUAAGUUUACGGCAUGGAGAGGAUGAAGAAAGGAGUGGUUCACCUUUAAUUUAAAUUUUAGUAUUUUAUAGAAUGGCUAAUUCUAAGUUAAUUCUUUUUUUUAUAUAGUUUUUUAAUUAUUUGCCUUCUUCUUUUGACUCUUUCCAGCUUUCAAAU